AUGGAAGCAGCUAACCUCUCGGUGGCCUCCACCGGCGUCGCCCUUCGCCUGGGACCCGCAGCCUUCAGCAGCAGCCCACACCCAAGCGGGGUCGUCGGAUCGACCCCAGGCGGUGCGGCCCCGCCGGGCCGAGAACCGCCCUUCUCCGUCUUCUCGAUGCUGGUGGUGACGCUGCUGGUGCUGCUGAUCGCGGCCACGUUCCUGUGGAACCUGCUGGUUCUGGUCACCAUCCUGCGCGUCCGCGCCUUUCACCGUGUGCCGCAUAACUUGGUGGCCUCGACGGCCGUGUCGGACAUGCUAGUGGCCGCGCUGGUAAUGCCCCUGAGCCUGGUGAGCGAGCUGUCGGCUGGGCGACGGUGGCUGCUGGGCAGGCGUCUGUGCCACGUGUGGAUCUCCUUCGACGUGAUGUGCUGCACCGCCAGCAUUUGGAACGUGGCGGCCAUCGCCCUGGACCGCUACUGGACCAUCACGCGCCACCUGCAGUACACGCUGCGCGCCCGCCGCCGCGCCUCGGUGCUCAUGAUCGCGCUCACCUGGGCGCUCUCGGCUCUCAUCGCCCUCGCACCGCUGCUCUUCGGCUGGGGCGAGGCGUACGACGCUCGACUCCAGCGCUGCCAGGUGAGCCAGGAACCCUCCUACGCCGUCUUCUCCACCUGCGGCGCCUUCUACCUGCCGCUUGGCGUGGUGCUGUUUGUCUACUGGAAGAUAUAUAAGGCGGCCAAGUUUCGCUUCGGUCGCCGCUGCAGGGCUGUGCUGCCCCUGCCCUCCACCGUGCAGGGAAAGGAGGCCCCUCAGGAGGCUGAGAUGGUGUGCACGGCCCGCCGCCCCGCGGCGGCCUUUCCGCCGAGUGGAGCCUCGUGGCGGGAGCAGAAGGAGAAGCGGGCGGCUGUGAUGGUGGGCAUCCUCAUUGGCGUGUUCGUGCUGUGCUGGACCCCCUUCUUCCUGGCCGAGCUCAUCGGCCCCCUCUGCGCCUGCAGCCUGCCCCCCGUCUGGAAAAGCGUGUUCCUGUGGCUAGGCUACUCCAACUCUUUCUUCAAUCCCCUGAUUUACACGGCAUUUAACAAAAACUACAACAGUGCCUUCAAGAGCCUUUUCACCAAGCAGAGAUAA